CGCGACGCAGCGCCGGGCUCGAUAUCUGCUGCCAGCGCCGGCGGUGUUCUGAUCACGCUGCCCCGCAUCGCCUCCGCACAGCGCGGGGUUUGCUUUAAGUACGCCAGAAACAGCGGCUCGAGCCCUCCAUCUUUCCCAGAACCCGCCGAACCCAACUUGAGCCGUCAAUCACGCUGAUCAUGCCGCCCUCGGCCAAACCCCAGACCGUCGAAACGUUUCACCUGGGCUCCUUCGUGGUCCCACGUCUAUUCACGGGCCUCUGGCAGCUCUCCAGCAAUUCUUGGGGAAGCGCACCGGCUGCGAAGAUUCGUCGCCAAAUGGCCGACUACGCUGAGAACGGCUACACGGCAUUCGUCGUAGCCGAUCAUUACGGUCCCGCCGAGAUCCUCUUCGGUGAAUUCAGGCAGAGUCUGCCUCGCUCGGACCACAUCAUUGGCGCCACCAAAUGGUGCGUCUUCAGACGGGUGGAUCCCAAUCGCGCAAUGGUAGAGACAGCGGUUCAAGACCGGCUAGAUAGAAUGAAGGCGCAGCGGAUCGAUCUGCUUCAGUUCCACUGGCAGAACUACGAAGAUCCUGGCUAUCUCACCGCGCUACACCACCUCCAGGACUUGCAACACGAGGGCAAGAUCACGCUCAUCGGUCUUUGUAACUUUGAUUCCCUCAGAACGAACGAAAUAUGCGAAGAACUUGGCCCCGGUGGCGUGGUCUCCAACCAAGUGCAGUUUUCGCUCGUCGACAUACGACCACUAUACGGGAUGGCAGAAGUCUGCAUGAAGCAUAACGUUAAAUUGCUUACUUACGGUACAAUGUGCGGCGGCUUCUUAUCGGACACAUGGCUCGGCAGAGAAGAGCCGGACCUCUAUUCUGGUUCGCUCACACCAUCCCAGCGCAAGUACCUAGACAUGAUUGUGAAAGCAUGGGGCGAUUGGACGCUCUUUCAGGCGCUGCUCGUGGUUUUGCGAUCAAUUGCUGACAAGUAUGAGGGCAUGAACAUCGCCAACAUUGCCACUCGCUGGGUGCUCGAUCACCCUUUUGUCGGCGCAGUCAUCGUCGGUGCUCGGAUGGGUGUCUCCGAACACACCGACGACAAUCGGAAGGUCUAUGGGUUCCGACUGAGCGCGGAGGACAGAGCAGCGAUAGAGGCGGUGCUCCUGCAGUCUAACGGAGCAAGGCUGAUUAGAACUAUCGGGGACUGUGGGGCUGAGUAUCGCUAACGCUGGGACUUUCUUUCCUUUCUACUUCAUAACCAUCUUUCGUGUCUCUGCGAGUGCAC